GUUAGGUUAUUUUUUCUACAGUACAGACGACUGCAAAGUCAUCUUGCAGAUCUUGAGCGUGAAGUGUAGAAUCGGCAAGGAAUCGGCUCCGCUCUCGCGAUGACAAUUAGCAGCGGUACCUUCGAAGUACAAACAGGCAAGGGUGCACAGCCACAAGUGUCUGGAAAUGGUUCGCCUUUUACUGUAUAGGCGCGUUGGAUAUGUAUAUUUUUUAGGAGGAGCUUGCUGUUGGUAUACUGGACGUAUAACACAACGGCCAACCUAGACGGCGAUACUUCGCUGGUCUGGUGCAAGAGAGGUACUGAUUGGGCUUCGUCCUAGUUUACUUUCCGUGUCUCCGCAAGCCUUAUUAUUUGGAGUUCCGCAUCCAUGGGAAUGCAUAUCGAGUGCUGAUCCCCGAGCAGCUUGCCUAGCUCCUAAUCUAUCAAGGGUUAAGAAAGGCCUCCUCCGCGACCCCGAUGGCAGCCAAAACGCCACCCACCCUACUCACCCUCCCCGCCGAAAUCCGAGACCACAUCUGGAACUACUGCCUCGUGUCUCCCACCCACCGCGUCCUCCCUGUCCACUGCCCCGCCUCCACGGACUCCAGCCUUCCCCCCCCCUCCCCGACCGCCGAUCCCGUCAGCAAACCUACGAUGUCGUACCUCGCAGCGCCUUCAUAAAGAUGCUUCAUCUCGUCCCAUGUGCUCCCACGACCGCGACCCCACUCUCUCCAUCUCUCCUCCCGCUCGCUCACUCCCUCCCCUUCGUCAGCCGCCAGGUCUACGCCGAGACGUCUACCCGUCUCUGGGGCGCUAACACGCUCGUCCUCCCCGACUAUGGCGCCGCGAGGGAGGUGCUCGCGUACUUUGGUAGGGCUAAGCUGGGUGUGCGGCGCGUCGAGAUGCGGAUUGGGAAUGUGUGGGACCUGUUGACUAUGCAGCUCAUGCGGAUGAUGGAGGCGGUUGAUGAGCUGUGGCGACUGGUGCAGGAGGGGGCGCUGAGGAGGCUAAGGUUUGUGUAUGUGGAUGGAGGCGCUUGUCAGCGGACUGCGUUACAGAUGUGGAGAGGGGUGCUUGGGACCAGUAGCAGGGAUAGAGACUGGGGCCAAUGUGAGAGGGAACUUGUGUGGGAGGACAAGAAAAUGAAGACGGAUCGGUUGAGAGAGGUGUUGGCGAGGCACUGGGGUUUAGAGGGGGGGAUAGGGGGGUGGGAUGACACUGUUACCUGGGGGGACUGGGAGCCUGUCACGAGGUGA